GAGAUAGCGUACACCGCGCGCUGCACUGCGUAAGCCGGGAGACGAGAGCCCCCGACCCAAAGCUCUUCAUGCGAAUCAAAUCUUCGGGAGGUUCAGCACAGCGAGUGGGCGCUUCGUUGGCGAGCCGCUCGACAGCACUGCAGAUGUCAGUCCUCAACAUCUCAUACCAGUUGAGGUAGAUUGAUGCAUUGCAUAUUGACCAAGUAGAUUCAAUCUGAAUUCUCAUGCCCGUCCACGCCGGGUGCCAAUGACACAGACAUCGACAAUGGAUCUGAUUUCUUAUGCUAAUUUCCUCAAUUACUUGCAAGUUGCCGUCCAGAAGAAGAUCACGUGACUGCACAGCAUCAUUUCCCUCUGAUGGCUCGUACCCGCCACUGAUCGGUUCGCAAUCCGCUUCUUUUUCUCGAGGACUCACCUGGAUGUUCUUGCACGAUAUCAACUGCCUGCCGUCCAUCUCUGGAGCCAUGCACACGCGUCCCCGACGGCCUUCGUUCUAUCCCAAUCUCUGGCCUCCGCCUGUCACGCACAUUGCACGUGGCAAUUAAAGCAACGCCCCGGUCGGGAGGAAGGAACGGGGAAAGAUCAUAUGCUGCUCGGACACUCUCAUGAGGAGGACCCACGCUGCCCGGAAAACGUCGUCCACCGCCUCUCCCGCGACACCCGACAAUCAAUCAUCGCGUCGGACUUUCGGUAGCGCCGAUGUCGAUGCGCCAGCACUGCCCCACACGCCAAUGGGUCCCGCAGUGGAUUGCAUGGUGAUUGCUGAUGACACGUUCUACAUGGAACGGCGUUUGACUCCGGGCUUGACUCGCUGGGCCUUCGUCUCACCCAGCCACACUGCCCGGAUGUGCCGGUGCUUUUCUAGACAGGCGGCGUGCGCGUGGCACGGAUGAGCCGGGAAACCCGUGCAGUGCGUGAAGAAGCUGUUGGACUACCACUCCCUUUGCGGGCGCGUAUACAUAUGCUCUGGUCUUGUGCACUAGUGCCGGAUCUUGUUACUGCCGCUCCCCUCCCUUCUGGGUCGAAUGUGCGUCCUUCUGUUAGCCUCCCUCGUGGUCCUCCACCGCGAAGCUGAUCAGGGUGGCUGAUAUGAUUGCAGCGCGGCGGAGUCUGUUCUUCGAAGUCAGGCGCAUAUACCCACAGUCACCUACACUCUACACACGCACGUCCUGGCCAUGAAACGGUCGCUGAGGUCUCCACACCAGCCACUGGCAACCCACAGCGACAACGCGACGGCAUUCGAGUACACCGAGAAGACCGCCGACCCGAUCAUCCCGAAACGAGAAGCCGCCGGGGCGCUCUUCGAGGACCGUGUCAUGAAGAUGCUCGCCCGAGCGCAAUCGGAGGUGGAUCGGAUGAAACAGGCGCGGCUGCGCAUCGAGCGCUGCAACGCUCUAAUGCCCCGUCGCUGGGCUCACACAGCCCUUCCCCCGCCGCCGGCGUUGUUCUUUGGCCGGGACCGCGAGCUCAACGCUCUCGUCGACGCGGUCGCGACUUCGACGACUGGAUCCACCCCAUCGUGCUGCUUGGGUGUCGUCGGCGAAGCCGGGAUCGGCAAGACGACCCUGGCGCAAGCCCUGGUCCACCACCCGAGGACGUGUGCGCUGUUCUCAGACCGGCGUUACUGGAUCACGGCGGGACACGCGACUGUGUUCGCUGCCGUGGAUAACGUCAUCGAGGAAGGACUAGGUCCGGGACGAGCGCUUGUGGUCAUCGAUGAUUACGAUCCUGCGCGGGACAGCGAUACCCUCCUCCGGCGCUUGAUGGGGCUACCAGCGGUGCUGCUGCUGCUUCUCUCCGGCGUCUCUUCUCCUCAUGUCAGCUGCUAUCCUUCCAUGACUCUCUCGCCGCUGUCGCUGGAGAAUGCGCGCCAGCUGUUCCGCGCCGUCGCGGAUCUCGGCUGUGAUGCGCCGGGAGAUAUGGUUGAUGCGGUGAUCAGGCCGUCGCAGGGGCUGCCCCGGGUGUUAGUCGAGCUUGGGCAGAGAGCGCAGUACGAGCCGCUGGAGUUUAUGCUUAUGGAAUCGUGAUGACAAGGACGAAAGGCUGGUUAAGCCCAAACACGGGUGCUGUGCCAAUGACGUGUAUCAUCUGCUCUGGCAGAGCGUAAUGCUAAACCGAUGGAUAUCUCGGCCUAGUUCUAUUAAGAAUCUUCUGAAAGACAAAGACACGCAGUGUAACGGGAGUGAAGAAGCUGGCUCGUCUGGACAAAGCAGGCAUCACCUGAGAACUCGGAAAAUAUGGGGCAGCGAUGAGAAAUGAAUGGCCUGGGUUUACAUGUGCAAUGUCGCAGAACAAUAGAGACCGUCUUCUACAAAUAUCGCCGCAAGGAGCGUAACGCUGAUGCAUGUUUUCUGGUGGGCUUCGGUAUCAGUUAUCGCUCAUGAGUCUAGGCGCUGAUGGGGAUUGAGCAAGCGGUCCGUCCUGCAAAGCCGUGAAUUCUAAUCAAUUUCAUCUCAUUUCUACCCUCCAUGACUGAAAAAUAAUGUACAUAUGUUGCAAGAUAUCCAAUCAUUCAUACUCACACGAAAUAAUAUCCCCACUCUCAAU